UCAUUCUGCAGUUGAAUCCAGCGGAAACCCAAAAAUCCCUAAUUAUCCUCCCAAUCCCAGUCCCAAUCCCAAACCAUUUUACAUUCUUUUUCUACCUUCAUUCUUUUGUGUCAUGAAUCCUCCGGAGGUCCACAUCUGCCUCCGAGCUCCAGUUCCUAUGCUCUCAAAGAAACAGGUCAGCUAGGGAAAGCUUACCAGACUGCCGGAGUUCUUUUUGAAGUUCUCUGCGCAGUCAACAAGACUGAAAAAGUCGAAGAAGUAGCUCCUGAGAUUAUAGCUGCUGCCAAAGAUGUACAAGAAAAGAAAGAAAUUUAUGCCCCAUACAACAUUCUACCCCUGGAUGCCGCCGGUGCGUCCCAAUCCAUUAUGCAACUUGAGGAGGUUAAAGCAGCUGUGUCUGCUCUGCGGAGCACACGGGGUUUGUCCUGGCCUACUUCAUUUGAACAGCAAAGACAGAAGACUGGGGACUUGGAUCUACUUGACUGGUUGAGAGCUAUGUUUGGUUUUCAGAGAGAUAACGUGAGGAACCAAAGAGAGCAUUUGAUAUUAUUGCUUGCCAAUGUUCAUAUAAGGCUGAAACCAAAGCCUGAACCUCUUAACAAGCUGGAUGAACGGGCUGUUGAUGCAGUUAUGAAUAAACUUUUUAAGAAUUAUAAAACAUGGUGUAAAUUUUUGGGCCGCAAGCACAGUUUACGGCUGCCUCAAGGUCAACAAGAAGUGCAGCAGAGGAAGAUCCUCUACAUGGGUCUAUAUCUUCUUAUCUGGGGUGAAGCUGCUAAUGUCCGCUUCAUGCCAGAAUGCCUGUGUUACAUUUUUCAUAAUAUGGCAUAUGAACUACAUGGACUACUUGCUGGAAAUGUUAGUGUAGUUACUGGAGAAAAUAUUAGACCUUCAUAUGGUGGAGAUGAUGAGGCUUUUUUGAAAAAAGUUAUCACACCAAUAUACCAUGUUAUUGCGAAGGAAGCCAAUAAAAGUGACAAUGGCAAGGCGCCUCACUCAUCUUGGUGCAACUAUGAUGAUCUGAAUGAAUACUUUUGGUCAUCUGAUUGUUUCUCCCUGGGAUGGCCCAUGCGUGACGAUGGUGAUUUCUUUAAAUCAACACUUGAAACGCGGCCCCUAGCAAAGGCAGGAAACUCAUCUCAGAAGAGUUCUGGUCCAAGAACAGGAAAAUCAAAUUUUAUUGAGACCAGAACGUUUUGGCACAUCUUUCGAAGUUUUGAUCGCCUAUGGACCUUUUAUAUACUGGCCUUGCAGGCAAUGACUAUCAUCGCAUGGAGUGGUUAUUCUCCAUUGGAAAUUUUUCAAAAGGACAUCUUGUAUUCAAUAUCUAGCAUUUUCAUCACAGCAGCCUUCCUUCGGUUUCUCCAAAGUUUCCUUGAUCUUGUCUUGAAUUUCCCUGGUUACCACAGAUGGAGGUUUACUGAUGUCCUCAGAAAUAUUCUCAAGAUAAUAGUCAGUCUUGCAUGGGUCAUUAUUCUUCCUUUGCUUUAUUUUCAAUCAAAGUCACCCAUAAAUUUUCCAUUUAAAGAUCUGAUGAAGUGGCUCAAGCAAAUAAAAGGAGUACCGGAAUUAUAUAUCUUGGCUGUCAUACUUUACUUGCUCCCAAAUUUGCUCACAGUGGUGCUUUUUCUAUUUCCCAUGCUUCGGCGCUGGAUAGAAAACUCUGAUUGGCAUAUUAUCAGGUUGCUUUUAUGGUGGUCUCAGCCAAGGAUUUAUGUUGGACGCGGUAUGCAUGAAAGUCAGUUUGCACUUUUCAAGUAUACUUUGUUUUGGGUGCUACUCUUGUGUUCCAAGAUAGCUUUCAGUUACUAUUUCCAAGUAAAACCUAUGAUUCAACCAACAAGAGAUAUAAUGAAAGUGCACAACAUUCAUUAUGCUUGGCAUGAGUUCUUUCCGAAUGCUCCAAAUAACAUUGGCGCUCUCAUUUCUCUCUGGGUUCCUGUGGUCUUGGUUUAUUUUAUGGAUACUCAGAUAUGGUAUUCAAUAUACUCCACCUUGUAUGGCGGUGUUUCUGGAGCAUUUGAUCGACUUGGAGAGAUAAGAACACUCGGUAUGCUGAGGUCACGGUUUGAUUCUUUACCUGGAGCCUUCAAUACGUAUCUGGUACCAUCUGAGAAAAUUCGAAACAAGGGAUUUACGUUCUCAAAGCGCUUUGCUGAGGUUUCCCCAGGCCAAAGAACUGAGGCUGCAAAAUUUGCUCAGUUAUGGAAUGAAGUAAUAUGCAGUUUCCGAGAAGAAGAUUUCAUCAGUGAUAGGGAAAUGGAUCUGCUGCUGGUUCCUUAUUCUUCAGAUCCCAGCUUGAAAGUCAUACAAUGGCCACCAUUCCUGCUUGCUAGCAAGAUACCCAUUGCGUUGGAUAUGGCUGCACAAUUUCGAACCAGAGAUUCUGAUUUAUGGAAACGGAUUUCUGCUGACGAAUAUAUGAAAUGUGCUGUGCUUGAAUGCUAUGAGUCCUUUAAGCUUGUCCUCAAUUUUCUGGUCGUUGGGGAAACUGAAAAACGGAUCAUUGGCAUCAUCAUUAAAGAUGUGGAGCUUAACAUUUCAAGGAACACAUUUCUUUCCAACUAUAGAAUGAGUGCUUUGCCUACCUUAUGUAAGAAGUUUGUGGAGCUUGUUGGUAUCCUUAAAGAAGCUGAUGAAUCUAAGAGAGAUACCGUUGUAUUGUUGCUGCAAGACAUGCUAGAAGUAAUCACACGUGACAUGAUGGUCAAUGAGAUUCGUGAGCUGGUGGAACUUGGUCAUGGUAGCAAGGAUACUUCCCCUGGAAGACAACUGUUUGCAGGUACUGGAUCAAAGCCUGCAAUACUAUUCCCUCCUGCAAUGACGGCACAAUGGGAAGAACAGAUCAAACGUCUAUACCUCCUUUUAACGGUUAAAGAAUCUGCUGAAGAUGUGCCUACAAAUCUUGAGGCUCGUAGAAGGAUAGCGUUUUUCUCAAAUUCUUUAUUUAUGGACAUGCCGCGUGCACCUCGUGUUCGUAAAAUGCUGUCCUUUAGUGUUAUGACCCCUUACUACAGUGAGGAGACUGUCUACUCCAAAAAUGAUCUUGAUCUGGAAAAUGAAGAUGGUGUAUCCAUCAUUUUUUACCUGCAAAAGAUUUUCCCAGAUGAAUGGAACAACUUCAUGGAAAGAAUCAAUUGUAAAAGGGAGAGUGAAGUCUGGGGAAAUGAGGAGAAUGUCUUGCAACUUCGUCAUUGGGCCUCCCAGAGAGGGCAGACACUUUGUAGGACAGUUAGGGGCUUGAUGUACUACCGCAGAGCUUUAAAGCUUCAGGCAUUUCUAGAUAUGGCAUCUGAAAGAGAAAUCCUAGAAGGAUACAAAGCAGUCACUGAUCCAGCAGAGGAAGAAAAAAAAAGCCAGAGAUCUCUUUCGGCUCAACUUGAGGCUGUAGCUGAUAUGAAAUUCACAUAUGUUGCAACCUGCCAAAACUAUGGUAAUCAAAAGCAGUCGGGAGAUCGCCGUGCUACUGAUAUUUUAAACCUUAUGGUUAAUUACCCUGCACUUCGUGUAGCGUAUAUUGAUGAAGUUGAGGAAAGAGAUGGUGGAAAAGUAUAUAAGGUCUAUUAUUCCGUACUAGUCAAAGCUAUGGAGAAUCAUGACCAGGAAAUCUACCGUAUAAGGCUGCCUGGAAAUGCCAAGAUUGGAGAAGGAAAGCCAGAAAACCAGAACCAUGCAAUAAUAUUUACACGUGGGGAGGCGCUUCAAACUAUUGACAUGAACCAGGACAACUAUAUGGAAGAGGCUCUCAAAAUGCGUAAUCUUCUAGAAGAAUUUAAUGAGGAUCAUGGAGUACGGCAACCUACAAUACUUGGUGUCCGUGAGCAUAUCUUCACAGGAAGUGUUUCAUCCUUGGCUUGGUUUAUGUCGAACCAGGAGACUAGUUUUGUGACAAUUGGUCAGAGAGUUCUUGCAAGGCCUUUGAAGGUCCGAUUUCACUACGGUCACCCUGAUGUGUUUGAUCGGAUCUUUCACAUCACUAGGGGUGGCAUUAGCAAGGCAUCUCGUGGAAUCAACUUAAGUGAGGACAUUUUUGCUGGCUUCAACUCUACUCUAAGACGUGGAAACAUCACCCACCAUGAGUACAUUCAAGUCGGAAAGGGCCGGGAUGUUGGGCUUAAUCAAAUCUCACUUUUUGAAGCAAAAGUGGCGUGUGGUAAUGGUGAACAAAUACUCAGCAGAGAUAUCUAUCGAUUAGGCCAUCGGUUUGACUUCUUCCGCAUGAUGUCAUGUUAUUUUACAACCGUCGGGUUCUAUGUCAGUUCCAUGGCUGUCGUAAUUAUACUCUAUGCUUUCUUGUAUGGGAGGCUCUACUUGUCACUGAGUGGAUUGGAGAAGGCAAUUAUUUAUCAAGCCAAAAAGAGAGGGAACAAGGCACUUGAGGCAGCCAUGGCAUCUCAGUCUAUUGUCCAGUUAGGCAUAUUAAUGGCCUUACCCAUGGUAAUGGAGAUUGGGCUUGAAAGAGGCUUCAGAAGUGCCCUGGGUGAUUUUAUCAUUAUGCAGCUUCAGCUGUGUGCUGUGUUCUUCACAUUCUCUCUAGGAACCAAGUCCCACUAUUUCGGGCGGACUGUUUUGCAUGGUGGAGCAAAAUACAGAGCCACAGGGCGAGGUUUUGUUGUCCGUCAUGAGAAAUUUGCUGAGAAUUACAGAAUGUAUUCAAGGAGCCAUUUUGUGAAGGGACUGGAGUUGAUGAUACUUCUGAUAGUCUACCAGAUUUAUGGAGAUGUCACAACUGACUUGACUUCUUAUUUGCUUCUUACAUCUUCAAUGUGGUUCUUAGUGGUUUCUUGGUUGUUUGCACCAUUCCUAUUCAACCCAUCAGGGUUUGAGUGGCAAAAGAUUGUUGAUGACUGGGAUGAUUGGACCAAGUGGAUAAGCAGUCGUGGUGGCAUUGGUGUGCCUGCAAAUAAAAGUUGGGAGUCUUGGUGGGAUGAAGAACAGGAGCACUUGCUGUACACAGGAGUCUUGGGGCGCUUCUGGGAGAUUUUUCUCUCCCUGCGUUUCUUCCUCUUCCAGUAUGGGAUAGUGUAUCACCUCCAUGUUUCCAACAACGACAAAACUAUUAUUGUCUACGGCCUUUCUUGGUUGGUCAUUGUGGCAGUGAUGAUAAUUUUAAAGGUUGUGUCCAUGGGAAGGAAGAAGUUCAGUGCUGAUUUCCAGCUGAUGUUCCGAUUGCUCAAAUUGUUCCUUUUUGUUGGAUCUAUUGGAACUCUGGUGACUCUUUUUACCCUCCUUCAUCUGACAGUAAGCGAUAUUUUUGCCAGCAUGCUUGCCUUCAUACCAACUGGAUGGGCACUGCUUCAGAUAGCACAAGCAUGCAAGCCAAUAGUGAAGGCCUUCGGGUUGUGGAGCUCCGUUAAAGCUCUGGCCCGGGGGUAUGAGUACAUGAUGGGUCUGGCCAUCUUUGCACCUGUUGCUAUCCUGGCAUGGUUCCCAUUCGUGUCCGAGUUCCAAACAAGGCUUCUGUUCAAUCAAGCAUUCAGUAGAGGCUUACAGAUUUCUAGAAUCCUUGCCGGUGGAAAGAAGCAGAAGUGAGCGAGGAGGUGACAGAUGAUGAGGGAGGGAAGUGGACACAAAACAUUUGAAUCGAUCAAACAAGAGCUUGAGCUCAAGAACACAGCUUUGGAGAAGAUAAAUAGCAUACACAGUUUUUUGAGUCCAUGUUCCUUCUCUUUCAGUCUGUUAGACCUUAGUCUUAUGAGUCUGUAUCUGAUCUUUGUAAAACAGCAUCAUCUACUCAUGUUGUAUUUUUUUUUCAUCAGCUUCAA